AUGGAUGCUCUACAAUGGCUGGAAAAGAAGCUGGAAAUACAGAAAGAGCUUCCUAAGGCACUAUUCUUCCACUGCGCAAGUCACAAACUCAAUCUCGUGAUCAACGAUCUGAACGAGGUCUCUGAAAUUCGAAACACGAUAGGGGUCAUCAAACAAACCAUAAACUUCUUCCGUGAGAGCGUGCUCCGAAGGAAAUUGGUGCCCAACAUUCCGAUGCUGCGUGAAUCAAGGUGGUCUGCAAAAUACAAGUCAAUUCGGAUCUUCUCUGAGCAUUACGUGGCCACAGUCGAAGCGCUCGAGGACCUGGCAUCAAUGGAAUCAAGCUCGAAUGCUGGAACGAGGCAACGCGCUCAUAUCCUCCACUGCGGAACAACGAGCUCAUCUUUCAUCGUCUCUUUGCACAUUGUCGCGAAAUACAGCGCACGGCUGGAACCGGUUACGAACGUUUUGCAGAGUGUAUCCAUGAAUUUCCAUUCUGUACACAACCACAUCACUGAGCUGCAGAAUAUUUUUCGCGGCCACCGGACCAACGCUGAAGAGCAGUUCUCGGAUAUCAUGAAGACAGCAAGUGAAGCGGCCAAUCAUCUAGGCGUGUUGAUAUCUGUACCCAGACAAGCCUCACAGCAGGCCCACCGAGACAACUACGGGAUACAGUUGCCGGAAGAGUAUUACCGCGUGGCAAUAUAUGUGCCGUACUUGGACUCUCUCAAUGCUUCUUUGGCUCGCCGCUUUUCUGAAAGCAACAUGAAGAGCUACAGACUUCUCCGGCUGCAUCCAGCAAGAAUGAAGCACUUGAGUCGCGUUGAGUUUGCUGUUCUCGCCGAUGAACUCCAAGGCUUUUACGGCAUCGAAAACUUCAAGGAAGAGGGCAUCUCCUGGUACGAGAUGUGGCUCAACAGAACUGAGGACUGCUCAGAAAUAUCUUAUCCCGAACUUCUGCUUCAGGCAAAGACGUUCUUUCCCGCUGUCGCAAACGCCAUCGAGGUGGCUCUUGCCUUACCAGUUACCACCUGCACUGUCGAACGCUCGUUCAGUACACUAAGGAGAGUGAAGACGUGGCUACGUUCAACUAAGAGGAACGAUAGGCUGGACGGCCUUUGUAUGAUGAGCGUACACCGGGAGCGUGUAAUGAAACACAAGGACGGCUUUAUCACCCGUGUAAUCACGCAAUUUGCCCAGAAAAGUCCAAGGUGUCUGCAGCUGUUAUUCAAGGAAGACUAA